GCCGAUCCGGUCGACGUCGCGCGGACGUGCAUUCGAAAAAUGGCCGACAGCGGGGAUGGUGUGAACAGCACGACGUCCGGGAAAGAGACGAGGGGCAUGAUCGCCGAUGGCCCGGUCACCGAUCCAGCGUCCAGCAUGAAGAGCCUAGAGGCAUCAAAUAAUGCCUUUCACGGCGCGAGAACAAAAUUAGACUCCAAAUCCGGAGCGUUGAAGAAGUCCAGCCGCUACCGGAGCCGCUCCUUGUCAGCCAGCAGCACCGACAGUUACAGUUCCGCCUCUUAUACAGGAAGCUCGUCCGACGAGGAUGACGUGUCGCCGCGCGAGAAGAUCCAGAAGACGGAGAAGGGCUUCACGGAUUUCUGCGUGCGUAACAUCAAUCAGCAAGCAUUCGGCCGCAGGGAGAUCGAGAUCGCCGAACAGGAGAUGCCGGGGAUCAUGGCGUUGCGGAAACGCGCGGCGGACGACAAGCCGUUGAAAAACGCCAAGAUUGUGGGAUGCACUCAUAUCAACGCGCAGACCGCCGUUCUGAUUGAGACGCUGGUGGAGCUCGGCGCGCAAGUGCGAUGGGCGGGGUGCAACAUUUAUUCCACGCAGAACGAGGUGGCCGCGGCGUUGGCGUACGCCGGCUACCCGGUGUUCGCGUGGCGCGGCGAAACCGAGGAGGAUUUCUGGUGGUGCAUCGAUAAGUGCGUGGCGGCCGAGAAUUGGCAGCCUAAUAUGAUACUGGACGACGGCGGUGACGCCACCCACUUGAUGCUCAAGAAAUACAACGCAAUGUUCAAAAUGAUUCAAGGAAUUGUCGAGGAGAGCGUGACAGGUGUACAUAGAUUAUAUCAGUUGUCAAAGGCAGGAAAAUUGUCUGUCCCCGCGAUGAACGUGAAUGACAGUGUGACUAAAACGAAAUUCGAUAAUCUCUACAGCUGCCGCGAGAGUAUCAUUGAUAGUUUGAAAAGAUCCACCGAUAUCAUGUUCGGGGGCAAGCAAGUUGUAAUAUGUGGUUACGGGGAGGUCGGGAAGGGAUGUUGUCAGGCCCUCAAGGGCUUAGGUUGCAUCGUGUAUAUCACCGAGAUCGAUCCCAUAUGCGCUUUGCAGGCCAGCAUGGACGGCUUCAGAGUGAUGAAGCUCAAUGAAGUCAUUCGAAAUGUAGACAUUGUUAUUACAGCGACGGGCAAUAAAAACGUGGUCACGCGCGAGCACAUGGACAAGAUGAAGAACGGAUGCGUCGUGUGCAACAUGGGCCAUAGCAACACGGAGAUAGACGUCAACAGUUUACGCACGCCCGAUUUGACCUGGGAGAAAGUGAGAUCGCAAGUGGACCAUGUUAUCUGGCCGGACGGCAAGCGCAUCGUUUUACUGGCGGAAGGUCGCCUGGUGAAUCUGUCGUGCUCGAGUAUACCAUCCUUCGUGGUGUCGAUUACUGCCGCUACGCAAGCGUUAGCCCUUAUCGAGCUAUUUAACGCGCCACCGGGACGAUACAAGAGCGACGUUUACUUGCUGCCGAAGAAAAUGGAUGAAUACGUCGCGUCACUGCAUUUACCCACGUUUGACGCGCAUCUGACAGAGCUGACGGAUGAACAGGCAAAGUACAUGGGCCUUAAUAAGGCGGGUCCGUUCAAGCCUAACUACUAUCGCUACUAAAAAACCAUUGGACGAGUAAUGUGGCAUUGACUAGCACGUGCAACACUCACUCAGCAUUACACACCCCUUCACAAGUAUUUAAAAAAAAAAAAGAGAAAAAACCAGCCACCCUUCCUUGACUUUGUGCCGAAGCUGGCUUUCUUUUUUCCACUGUCGUUUCUUCCGUAAAAUCGAUAAGAGACUUUUAUUUAUGGUUCAACCUUCGUAGAGAGAUCCGCGCGACGCGAUUCCGCUAUGUGUUAUCGCUAAUCAUCCGCAAGGAAUGCGUUAAUAAUGUCAUAGUGAACACGCUGAUCCAACAGUUACCCAAUAAUCGAUAUUAGAAACCACUACCGGGGGUUGGGCAAAAUGCAUUUGAGAAAGCCGCAAGUUACUUUGAACAACAUAUCAAAGACGUUUUUCGUUCUCUAAUACGUCUCUAAUAUCUCUGUCUAGAUCUGAAACUUACAUAACUGAAACUUACAUCCGAUUAACUCUUGUAACAGUUUCCUUCUCAAGAAUGCGCGAGUGUAGAACCUGCAUUUGUCAAGCUAAACGAAAAAAAAACAAAAGAAAAAAAGAGAGGAAAAGAGGAAAUCUCUCUGAAAAGUUGCCAGAUUGUGCACGCCAGUAAACCCACACAUAAAAAAAAACCGUUGGUUGAAUACUACUGUAGAUAUAAAUACAAGUCAUGUAUAGUUUGCAAGCCGAAGCGAUAAUUGAAAUUGUAUCUGUCCAUUAGUUACUACCUGCAGUAAGUUAGCAUUAUAGUUUGUAAAUGAUGCAAACGGUGUGUUUUAAUAUAGUCUCGAGAGAGAAAGAGAGAGCGAGAGAUAUUUGUAUACGUGUGUUAUCUGUAUAACGGACUUCCGCAGGGUGUAAAAGAGAGACCGACAGAGCGCAUUAAAAAGGUAGCGAGAGCGUUAUUGACUAUUGUUCGGUUCUUCCGGAUGAAAAUUUUGUUUCGCAAUUACGACGUUGCGCCCUUCAAUUUUUCUUUUCUUAACGUCCUGCGCGUGCGUUUUACGCGUAAAUUCGCACACGUAUGCAAAGUUUUGGACGAUUUCUUAGCGCGUGCAGAUGAUGCAUGUUAGUCAAUGAUGUCGUUGUGUCCUUAUAGUAACGAAAAUUGUACGCGCGACGCGUUGCCCGCCGUUGAAUGAUGCAUCAUCCGCGAGUACUUAUACCCCAGCCGUUUUCCGCAAGAAUCUGCGGGAAUCUGCCGCGUUUCGCAGGCGACUAAUGCAAAACUUGUGUACAUAAUUAUUUAAGGAGGGAGGACCCGACAUACACGCGAAUCAAGGCGAUAAGCUCUGUCGUGGAUUACAGCUUGUUAUAAUCUCUGGUUAUCAUUGUUACCCCCGUGCGCGGCACGAGGAACGAUUUUGCGUAUCCGUACGUUUAGGAAAAAAAAAAAAAAAAUAAACGCCUAUCACAUUUAGAGAAUUGA